CCGGAUGCAAAAUGCUGACUAAAUCGGGCAAGUAACUUGUCCCCCGACCAGCCUCUUUACAAUAAACACACGCAUAUGCAAUCCCAGCUGGAAGAACUCCUUCCUUUUCUACACGACAGAAACCCUCAAGCCCGCCAAGUAGCCCUCGCAAACCUCGUUGGUCACACCGCAAAGGAAUCGCCUAACCGAGGCAUAUUCUUCCAGGGUGCUGGGGGUGGCGUCUCUCUGAAGGACAGUAUCCCUGUGAGGGAUCUAAAGUUGCUAUGUCGUGACCAACCGGCGAUAGCGCAUGACGCGUUCAAGGCACUGGUAAAUCUCUCUGAUUCGAUGCUUUUGGCUUCUUCAUUGUCAGAAAAGUCUUUCUUGACCUUCCUCAUUUCUUAUGUUGCCAACACCGCAUCCCUCCUUGCGGACUUGGCUUCCAUGCUACUCUCUAACCUUACAGCUUUCCCGAUUGCUGCCAAAGCCCUUUUAAGCCUCAAUGUCCCCGUGAUCUCCCUCCGUUCUGCAUCGUUCUCGGGUCAUGCAGUAGGAACCACCGCCGGACUCCCCUCUACGCUAUACUUUACGUCCUACUAUGCACCUGAAUCCCGAUGCAUGACUUCAGCUCCGCCACUACCGUACCCCUCCGAUGACCCAACGGACGUUAACGCUAUCCUUGUGUUGGUCGAUGCAUUUACUCGGGCUGCCUCUGGCACUGUCUCAAUAUCUGAGAACGACCCGGAUAAGAAGGCUGAUGCACCUGAAUCAAUUAUGCGGAAAGGAGAAUUGCAUUUCUUGGCGAGUGUUUUCGCGAACGUCAGUGUGUAUCCAGCAGCCCGACAAAUCUUCCUGACUCCUGCGCCCUCAGAAAUAGGGAUGCGCGAUAAAGACUCAGCACCCUUAGAGUACCCUCUAAGCAAACUCGUCGCAUUUACAGAACACCCAAACAUAAUUCGUCGAAGGGGCGUCGUGUCGACGAUUAAGAAUUGUGCAUUUGACACGUCCAAACAUAAAGUCCUCCUCGCACCCGAGAGGAGCAUUGAUACUGCAGAGAAAAAUGCUCAAGCAGGAGUGGGCCUACUACCGGCGAUACUCCUUCCGCUCGCCGGACCCGAAGAAUUCGAUUUGGAGGAGAUGGAAUCACUUCCUCCAGCAUUACAAUUCCUCCCUCCAACAAAGAGGCGUGAAUUAGACCCCCUCCUCAGGCUAACACAUGUCGAAACUCUACUACUUCUGUGCACCACACGUAAGGGAAGGGAAUCGCUCCGAGAAAAUGGUGUAUAUUUGGUUGUGAGGGCGUUGCACUUGGUUGAGACUGAUGAAAGAGUGGGGGUGCAAAUACUCAGACUUGUGAGUUUACUGAAGAGAGAUGAAGGAGAGGAAACGAUGAAUGAGGGAGAUGAGCAGUGGGAUGAGACCAGGAUCGAUAGGGGGGAAGGCGAUGAGAGCGAUGAGGACGAGAAAGUGAUAGAGAUAUAACCUAUUUUUAUUGCACUCUUGGCAUAUCGGAUUCUCCUAUACAGAUCAAGAAAGUCUUCAUGCAGAAGUGGCUCAAGGGAGAUUUAGCGUGUCGACAGCCCCGACUUGUGUCGUUCCUCCAUUAAAUGACAAAACACUAG